UCAAAAGAUAAGAGAUGCACUGCAGAGCUUGACCGCCGUCGGAUCCCUCCAUCCUCUCCAGCAGUGAAAUCUCCACACAGUACUACUACCAUGAGUCUGAGGAGCAAGCGCGUCAGCCGCCCAGGACUUCACAUGUCCUCGGGGAGCUUCAGCAGCUUGUCCAUGGGAUCCUACUCUGUCCCCAGGAUCAGCAGCGUGGCUAACCAGAGGGCCCCAAUUACAUCUGUGACUGUCAACAAGAGCCUGCUCACCCCCCUGAAGAUUGAUAUCGACCCCACCGUCCAAGCUGUCCGUACCCAGGAGAAAGAGCAGAUCAAGAGUCUAAACAAUCGCUUUGCCUCAUUCAUUGAUAAGGUGAGAUUCCUGGAACAGCAGAACAAAAUGCUGGAAACCAAGUGGAAGCUGCUGCAGCAACAGACGACCGCCACCUCUAACGUCGAGCCCAUGCUGAAGUCCUACAUCGCCAACCUGCAGAGACAGCUGGAGUUUCUCAGCAAUGACAAGCACAGGCUCGACAUGGAGAACAAUGUCAUGCACAAAAAUGUUGACGACUAUAAGACAAGGUACGAGCAGGAAAUCAACAAGAGAAAUGAUGCAGAGAAUGAGUUUGUCAUGCUCAAAAAGGAUGUGGAUGCAGGCUAUCUCUCUAAGGUGGAUCUGGAUGACAGGGUGAUUGCCAUCAAUGAGGAAGUGAACUUCCUCAAAUCUCUGUAUGAUGCGGAGCUGCGUGAGCUGCAGGACAGCCUGAAGGAGACCUCUGUGGUGGUGCAGAUGGACAACUCCCGUGGUCUGAACAUGGAUCACGUCGUAGCUGAAGUUAAGGCUCAGUAUGAGGAGAUUGCUGCCCGCAGUCGUGAGGAAGCUGAAAGCUGGUACAAGAACAAGUUUGACCAGAUGUCUGCUGAGGCUGAUCAGUAUGGCAAUGAGCUGCGUAGCACCAAGGCAGAAAUAUCUGAGCUCAACCGUAUGAUCAGCCGCCUGCAGAAUGAGAUCCAGGUUGCGAAGGCACAGCGUGCCAAUCUAGAGGACCAGGUGGCCAAAGCAGAGCAAUGCGGUGAAUUGGCCGUGCAGGAUGCCAAGGCUCGCAUCAAAGAACUGGAGCUGGCUCUGCAGAGGGCCAAACAUGACAUGGCUCGCCAGCUGAGAGAGUACCAGGAGCUCAUGAACGUGAAGCUGGCCCUGGACAUAGAGAUUUCCACCUACAACAAACUGCUGGAGGGAGAGGAGGAAAGACUUGGACAGGACUCUAUUGUCAACAUCCAAACAGUGCCCACCAAGCGUAAGAACAGCAUUUUUACUCCUGAAGAUGACACCAUUAUAUUUCAGUGGGAUCAGAAUGACAACCUGUCUUGUUUGUGUGGGCUUAUUUUAUUUAUUUAUUUAUUUACUAUCGUCUUUCCAACAGGCGUCACCCACCAGCAGCGAAGGUCAGGUCCAGUACUCAUCAAGACGGUGGAGACCAUUGACAAAUCAUACAACUGAAGAAAACACCCUGCAGUAAACUGCUGGAUCACUGUGACCAUUUAACCUUUACAUUAAUCUCUCUGUAGCCUACAAUAAGCCUGCUGCACCCAUGAGCCCAGUGUGUGUGAUAUUUGUUUGAUUGCCUUCUAUUUGUGUUUGAUGUGACAUUAAUCACCAUUUUCUAUGUUUAAAAUAAAGAAUAAUAAAAUCUCUCUGUAAUUAUAAAAUCCAAAUAAACAUUGAAUUCAAGACA